CAACGACGUAACACAAUGUCUUCUUUGUCGGCGAGACCCCUCGCGUGCCUGACCAUGAGUCCAUGGCAAUCGUGACUGCAGGGACUUUGAGGCCGCCGUGACCCGAACGUGAGAGAUACCUUCCAUUCUUACGUUCCGAGAACUGACGGUGAGGCACAAACUUUCUGUGGAACACGAUGUCUUGAACGAAACCCCACCAUCCUUUUUGCUAGAGUGCUUCUUCGGAGAAGUUCCAGGGGUCUCAAAGACUCUUCUGUUCCGGCUCCAAUUCACAUCUUACCAACACAUGCAGGAGUCUGCAGCUCUCCUCACCGACUCUCGAGCUCGACUCUCGGUUCUGUGACGCCCACGACAGUGUCGUCUGAGGGGAACAACAAAAAUAUUUACUUUACCAGAUCGUCUGCGCGUUGGCAAGGACGUUCUUCCGCGCCGUGGUCCUCCGUUUUGCUGUCUGCUUGAAAAUGCAUUUUGAAGCAGUUCCACCCUUCAUACUCCAGUGCCGGUUUUUCAGUGCGGGAGUUGAAGGAUGCAUAGCUAAGGAACGCUAGGCCUGACUUUGUAGUGGCGACGCGGAAAUCUGCUGUCGCAGAUGGAGACAGCGAUGCCCUCUUUCGCAUACCAUUUGCCGUCUGCAUCUCCAAUUCCUCGGCUCCUCGGCGAUGUAUGCACCUGGAUGCGCUUCAGAGCCUGUGCCUCUUGCCCAACCGCUUAGCGCGACGUUCGCUGCAAACCAGCGGGGACGCGGAAGAAGAGACGAGACAAGACAGAAGAAGCGGAGAUGUGAAGAUGGAAAACAGACAUGCAUGUGGUCUCGCCGGGAUGGCCUCACCCGUCUUCAACAGAGGGCCUUCUUCUCCGAAAACGGGUGCGGUCUCUCGAGAAACAGGCCUCCCCGAUGCGCGACGAACGCCGUCCGUCUCUCCUGCCUCAUCCUCCCGUCCUUGUAGUGCCCUUUUAUCCGGCGCUUCUAACCGCCAUCCAACUCCUUCCUCUGCUUUUUCUGUCUCCUCCCCCUCUUCCUCUGUCUCCUCUCCUCCUGUCUGCCUUCGUUCUCAGGCUUCUUCGGCUUCUCUCCGUCCGUCGGAAGAGGGCGAGGUUGUCGACGCUCCGUGUGGGCGGCGCCAAUCGGCUCUCUCUCACGCAUUCUCUGGAAAAAAAUCGUCUCAGAAGUCUUCAGGUUCUUUUUCUCAGCCGCGGACACUGCACCUGCGUCUCAGCGACUGGUCCAGACGCGACAGAGGACCUCUUAGACGGGAAGGGGGAGACAUUCUGCUCGCAGAAAGCUCCGCAGACACCCUGGAACCGCAGCCUCGCCUCCACCUCGCCUGCGACUUCCCUUCGGUCUGCUCGCUGACUUCACCCCACACUGAGUGCAGGGACUUGCAUGUCGCCUCCCGCCCUGUCGUGGUUGGAGAAGACGCCCUGCGAGACCAGAGGUCCUUAGAAGAAGAGCGACGAGAAGAAGCAGGCUCACGGGGGGACGCCGAGACUUUCGGAGCAACGCCGAGGAACGAGACGACUCCGGCUGCGUCGGUUCUCUCGUCAGCUGGAGCAGGCACUCCUUGCACCAGCUUCGUGGAUGCUGAUCCUCGCUUCUGUCGUCGAUUCCCUCGCGCCUAUCUGCGCUUAACGUCGGAGACAAGCGUCGCCGACGGAGAAGAAAGCGGUGGUUUCGCUGGCGUUUCAGAGCGGGCGAGGACAGACAGAGCGGGAGGAGGAGACCCUGGGGGCGUGAGGCGCCUUUUGAAACGCAUGCAGCGGCUCCGACAGAGACCUCCUUGCCGUGAGAGAGAGAGACAGCGAGGAGACAGUCGAGACGGUUUCAAGCAUAAGGCCUCCGCCUCCGCUUGGUUCUCGGGAGACGCGUUCAGACGAGAACUCCGAAAAAAAUGUUUUCAGUGCUCGCGGACUUGGCGAAAACUCUCCCGAGAUCCCUACAGCGGAGCGCAUGCGCGCAGCGUCAAUAUCGUCGACCUGUAUGCCGCUUACGACGAAGUUCACGAAGCCCCACACAAUGAAAACCUGCAUUCUCAGCUUUUCUCGCGCGUCCUGUCUCCCUCGAAACGGACAGGAGAGAAAAACGACAAGGCCUCAUCUGCGCAACGACAGAAGGAAGCUGCGAGAGACACACCCAUUUUUGCCUCUUCUAACUCCCAGGAAAGAGUCUCUACAGCUCCUCCUACCACACUCAGACGCUGUCUCUACACUUCCCAUGGCUUUUGCGGAAGAGAGCGAAUUUCGCUCUGGAUCGCCCUCGUCCUCAUUGGAAUUCUCACGGCGCUGGUUUCGUAUUUCCUCGACUGGGGGGUCGACUUUGUUCUUCUGCCGCUCCAAGAAAACGCCGUUCAGCGCCACUCCUACACAGCCAUUUUUGCGUAUUCGGUCGCUUGUGCAGUUGUGGCGACCGCCUGCUGUCUUUUGGUUCCUCAGAGUCAAGGAUCUGGGAUUCCGGAGUUGCGCACCGUCUUGUCAGGUUCCUUUCUCCCGGACUUUUGUGCAUGGCCGACGUUCUUUGCGCGAUGCGUAGGCCUCCUGGCGUGUAUUUGCGGAGGUUUGUCGGUGGGGAAGGAAGGACCAGUUGUGCAUUUGUCUGCGAUUCUCGCGACCCAGCUGUGUCGCCUGAGACCGCUCCAAGCUCUCACCGCUUCGCCGUCGAAGUUGCUCUCCAUUCUCGACGUUGCAGUCGCCGCUGGCGUCACCGCCACCUUCGGUACGCCCUUCGGUGGGGUCUUGUUCUCGAUCGAAGUGACAGCGACGUUCUUCCUCGUGCAUGCGCUCUGGAAGAGCUACUUCUGCUGCAUCUUCUGCGUCCUCACGUUCCGCCUCCUCCAUGAGAGGCUGUCUCCUAUUGAACAGCUGUACCAAGGCACGCAGCUCCCGAGCUUCGACGUCUCCUGGGAAGUCCUCAGCUUCGCGAUUCUCGGCGCCGUCUGCGGGUGUCUCGGUGGCCUCUUCGUCUGGGCUGCGAGCAAAGUUUUUCAACUCUCUCGCAAGCAUGUCUAUCCAAGUGCUGGCCGAAAGAUUCUUUUCGUGUCAGCCGUCAUGCUCGCUCUAAACGUUCUCAGCCACCACUCCGUCGUUCUGAAGAGCGAGGAUCGGCUCAAACUCGGCGAAUUCUUCGACGUCGAGAGCUUGGAUACAAACAAAUGGAGUUCUCAUGUCUUUCUCUCCCUCUUCCUCUUCGUCCUCUUCAAGUUCGCCGCGACCAUUCUUUCCGUCGCCUGUCCUGUCCCCGCCGGAAUCUUCACUCCCAUCUUCGUUUGUGGAGCUGCUCUAGGGCGGCUGUAUGGAAAGAUUUUAAGGCAUUUUGUGCCUACUCUGUCGUCUCCCGCCGCAUACGCCCUUGUUGGAGCGGCCUCUCUCGCCGCAGGAACAACUCGAACAAUCAGCGUCAGCGUGAUUGUUUUCGAGCUUACAGGAAAACUAAGUCACAUGAUUCCAGUUCUUCUCGCCGUUCUCAUUGCCUACGGGGUCAACGGCUUCUUCACGAUUUCGAUCUACGACGUCAUGCUGCUGAUCAAAGACCUGCCGUAUGUGCCCAAGCUGAAGUCCAUGCAUGCGUACAAUCUCCAGGCCAAAGACAUCAUGGCGGCGACGGCUUAUAGUCGGAGAGCGGUCGGCACAGCGACGGCGGAGGGCGAGGGCCGAGGAGACAGCCGCGACAGCAGAGACGUCAGGCUGUGCACUGAUGGCCUGUCGAGAAGGCGAGUGCAGAACGAGGACUUGCCCUUGACUGUGGAGAUCGAGCUGCCUUGGCUCCGAAGCGAGCAGGCAAGAACAAGCGAGAAGAGAUACGAAAGCACGGGCAAACACGACAGCAGCUCCCGGCCCUCUUCUCCUGUUCCGCUUCUCUUGAAAGAGAAAGAUGCAGGGAACGCGGUGCUCAUGCAGAGCGAGGAAGAGACGACCGAAUCUAGCGGCGACUCUCCCGCCGGCGGGUCUCUUUCCGGUGUCUGCCGAUGGAGCAGCUCGGCUGUACGUACACACGAGAUGGGGACGGAACUCCGAGGAGAUCAUUGCGGCAGCGACUCCAUGCCGGGCAGAGGAGAAGGCGAAUCAAGCGGCGACGAGAUCGAGGAAACGCGCGACCACGAUGUCGGCUGUUUCGACGAAACGCCGUCGCCGGAAGAUGAAGAAGAUGCGUUCAUCGUAGCCAUCGACAAGGAGAGAAGCACUGUUCUGGACCUCGUGUUCUGUCGCCUUCUUUACGCAGGCGUCGCGAUUCCAGUGGUGUCGAGCGUUGCGCAUCCGCGCGUUGAAGGCGCCGUUCCUCUCUCUGCUCUGGACAGGUACUUGGCUUCUCUUGACAUCAUCUCUGUCUCGCCUUCUGCUCCGACCCCCGCCGUCUUCUCGCCCUUCUCCCCUCGGCCUCUGUCGCGGCCGCCGGCCUUCCGCGAUUCGCGUUUCCCUCGCAGAAAGCGCCUGUCUCUACAGCGGCUCGGCGGCCAAGUGCGGCGGCUCCUUGUUCGGGACUCCGGGAGAGAAAGGCGUUCGUACGGAAGCGGAGAAAGAAGAAGACUGGAGAACAGAGGCGGACGCAGUCGCGACCCAGGCCCCACACAGACACAAGGAGCGGACAAACCGGGGAAAUAUGUUCUCUGGAAAGCCACAGAAGAAGAAGAGGAGGAGGAGGAAGAGGAAGAAGAAGAGGAGGAAGAAGAGGAGGAGACCGAUGCGGGACUUCCAGGAGCAGAAGGGAGAACUGGGUGGAGAUCGUGCGCAGAGACUGGAAGAGGAAGCAGCUCUGAAGAGGCAUCCGGAGCGAGAAUGGAAAUCCAAGAGCGAAGACGAACAAAAGAGAGCCGAAGGACGGACGCAGACAGAAAAAGAGGCAGCAGAGUCGCUGCUGCGCGUCGCCACCAGCGGAGACAGUGUCAUGAGACAGACGAAAGCGAGAAAGAAGGCACAGUCGCCGGACAACGGAGUGAAACAGAGCAAAGAGAGAGGACAGCCAUGCGUCGGCGUCAGUUCGUCUCAGACGAGACGAUGGCGCACAGUGAACUCACGCGACUUGCCACUGAAGAAAUGCGCGCAGAGGAAGAGGAGACUUUGGCGACUGUGACUCGUCGAAUUCUCGCGCGAGUGCUCGCGCUUUACUCCCCCGUCGAACUCCUCUGUCUAGACAGCUUCCCCAUCGACUGGACUCGCCUCGAGGUCGACGCGGCGCCUCUCUGUGUCCUUCCAGGAACUCCCGUGAGCAAAGUUCACUUCAUGUUCACCAUGCUCUUUCUGGGCCAGGUCUUCGUCUCCGACAACGCUGGCUUGCUUCUGGGUGUGAUUACGAAGCAAUCCUUGAUGCAGGCAGACGACGCAGCGACUUCUUCCUUGUCCCCGGGAACGCGAGAAGGGUGUCAGAGACAGGCAAACACUGUGAAGGAAACCUUCCACCUUUUCUCCCUCCUCAAGAGCGAAAUUCGCCGCCUCUGCAGACCGGCGCGCCUGCAUGCGCGACACAAGUUCCCAGUCCGAAUCUCCUGA